AUGAAGAAUGACACAAUUAACCACGGGCAGGCGAGCCAUCUUCUUCGGAAGAAAUUCGUAAUCGUGCUCGGAGACUCAAUCCAGCGGUCAGUCUACAAAGACUUGGUGAUUCUGCUACAGAAGGACAACCUUCUCACCCAGGCCCAGUUAAAGAAAAAGGGGGAGUUGGAGUUUGAAAAUGACUGCCUGUUGGAGGGGGGGCCAAUGAAUAACUCAACUGGAUAUAGGGAGGUGCGUGAAUAUCGGUCGGAUAACCACCAUGUCCGCUUCUAUUUCAUCACCCGGAUCUUCUCGGAAUACGUGGAGAGCAUUCUGGAGGACAUCCGGUGUGGUUUGAAACCAGACCUGGUCGUGGUCAACUCCUGCAUCUGGGACAUCUCCAGAUGGAACCGUCCAUGGGAGUUGAACUACAGGGAUAACCUCGGGAAGUUCUUCACGCAGCUGAAGAGCAUCCUCCCUAAGGAGAGCCUGGUGGUUUGGACCCUCACUAUGCCAGUAGGAAACAACAUCAGGGGCGGGUUCCUAGUGCCCGAGAUAGCCCACAUUGGCUCGACAAUGCGCGAGGACAUUGUCGAGGCCAAUGCAGUCUCAAGCAGCGUGGCAAGUGGGUUUGGGCUGGAUGUGUUGGACCUGCACAUUCAUUUCCGCUCCCAGCUGCAGCACCGCGUCAAAGACAACGUGCAUUGGGACGCCCAGGCACACCGUCAGAUCAGCACUCUGCUGCUGCAGCACGCUGCACAGGCCUGGGGUGUGGCCCUAACAGGCCCGCACACUGUGCUGGAUAUCCAGGAUGGCCCCAACCAGAAGCCGGUCGGUGAGAGCCACACCAUGACCUCUGGUUUUGUAGCCCUCACCAGGCCAGCACCAACCCAUAAGCUCAAGAAUAAUUACCUAAUUACGGAGAACAGACUAGCCAAAUUGAAAUGGCGAUGCCGAUUCAGUUUGGAUGCCAGGAGGAGAUACUGGUUGAACAACAUGUACACCAAUUACACCAAGCGGAAAUAG